AUGCUUGUCAAAGUUGAAUUAUAUACUAAAUUUUCUCUUUCAGUAAUAAUGGAUAUAGUACAACAUAGAAAUCGAAAAAAUGAAUCACCUGAAAAGCACCAAAAACGUAUCUCCAGUGAGCAAAACAGAAUGCUAAGACAAAUAGCUACAGAAACUGCUGAAGAACGUGAAGCGCGGCUUGCACGUGAUCGAGAAUGA